GUGACUUUGCUGACGCGACGCGACCCGCGCCGCUGAUCGACACUUUCUUUCGUGAAUUUAUUCAAUAUUUUUUUGCAUUUGUAAUAAGUAAGAAAAGUUUUAAUUUAUUAAAGGUAUCCCAUUAAUGCAAGUUUACAUGUACUACGUAAGUCUUUUUUAGAAAAUGGCAGACUUAAUAAAAGGGAUUCUGUUAUCAGUGAUAACUGAACAGUGCUAUGAUGAAUAUUUUAAUAAACAAAACUUUGCUGACCCACUAUGUUUCAAGGCAACCCUCAGCAAAGGGCUAGGCCUCGGAAUCAUCGCUGGCUCCAUCCUAGUCAAAGUUCCUCAAAUACUAAAAAUUUUGGGCAGCAAGAGUGGUGAAGGAAUCAAUAUAUUUGGUAUCAUUUUAGAACUGUUUGCCAUUACUGCCAAUUUUGCGUACAGUUAUGUUAUGGGAUUUCCAUUUAGUGCUUGGGGAGAAGGUGUUUUCCUGGCAAUCCAAACGUCCAUCAUAGCUGCUUUAGUUAUACAUUAUGGUGGAGCGUCCACUAAAGCCUUCAUGUUCCUAGCAACAUAUGUGGGUGCUAUAUCAGCACUGCUGAGUGGCUACACUCCGGUCCAUGUAUUGUGGAGCAUGCAAGCAAUGACUGUACCAAUUGUGUUUAUAGCUAAGUCCAUCCAAUUUAUAACAAACUACAGAAACGGAAGCACAGGACAACUCUCAGCCAUAACAUGCUUGCUGCUGUUUGGAGGAAGUAUUGCCAGAAUAUUCACAUCUAUACAGGAGACUGGUGACCUGAUUCUGAUAGUGACUUACCUUGUCUCAACGGCUGCCAAUGGUGCUAUUGUCUUGCAACUGUUCUGGUACUGGAAUGUUGAUAAGACUACAACUAAAAACAAGAACAAGAAAAGGAAGAAGCAAGCUUAAUAAAUAACUUAUUGAAUUGAAGCUAAGCAUAAAUGUUUUUGCUGUUUAGUCAAUUAUGUUCAGUGAAUUGAAAUAAUUCUUGAUCUACCUUUAAUUAUUUAUCACAUAAUAGUGAGAUUCUGCUGAUAGUUUACAAAUUUCUCUAAACCAAAGACCCAGAAAGAAUACCUUUCAGAUUCACUAAAAUAGUAAAAAUUAUAUGCAUCACGGCUUUUUAAUUUAUGGAAUGCUGAACAAAUAAAUUAUUUAAAAAAUA